UUUUCAACCAAAACUAUUACUUUAUCCAUCGUUAUGGCUCUCUCAUUUGAUUAUAGCCUUAAAAAGCACGUUCCACCUGAGGAAGCAGCGAAAACAAAUACUAAAAAUUAAAGUGGGACUAAUCAAUGUAAAAUACCCAUUUUUCACUUUAUUCACUCGCCCGUACACUUUGAGUCACCAACCACAGCCACUACACAUACAUUAUACAUGACGACCAUCAAGGAAUUACUCACAUAUUGGAGGGAGGGGUCUGUCUGAGUCCUUGCUUUGGCUGCAAAAAUGGUUUCAACUUCUCCUACUAAGCAGGAAGUUGCUAAUUCAGACGGCAAAUGGAUAGAGGAGGACACCUCACGCCGUGCCAAAUGGUGGUACUCAACUUUUCACAUUGUCACAGCUAUGAUAGGUGCAGGAGUACUCAGCCUGCCUUAUGCUAUGGCCUACUUAAGAUGGGGUCCAGGGACACUGGUUUUGGCAAUAUUAUGGUGCAUGACCUUGAACACAAUGUGGCAGAUGAUACAACUCCAUGAAUGUGUUCCAGGUACUCGUUUUGAUCGAUACAUUGACCUCGGUCGACAUGCCUUUGGGCCAAAACUCGGACCUUGGAUUGUGCUUCCCCAGCAACUUAUUGUCCAGGUUGGGUGUGACACAGUGUAUAUGGUCACUGGGGGAAAGUGCCUCAAGAAAUUUAUGGAGAUGGCCUGCACCAAUUGCGCACAGCUCAAACAAUCUUACUGGAUUUUAAUCUUUGGAGGCAUCCAUUUCUUCUUGUCUCAGCUACCCAACUUUAAUUCUGUUGCUGGUGUUUCGCUAGCAGCAGCAGUCAUGUCACUAAGUUAUUCAACUAUAGCCUGGGUGGGUUGCUUGGCUAGAGGUCAGAUAGAUAAUGUGAGCUAUGCUUACAAAAAAACUAGCUCAGCUGAUUACAUGUUUCGUGUCUUCAAUGCAUUGGGACAAAUCUCUUCUGCAUUUGCUGGGCAUGCUGUGGCCCUUGAAAUUCAGGCCACAAUUCCAUCAACUCCUGAGAGGCCUUCAAAGGAACCCAUGUGGAAAGGUGCACUUGGAGCCUAUUUUAUCAAUGCAAUAUGCUACUUCCCGGUGGCCCUUAUUGGAUACUGGGCAUUUGGGCAAGAUGUUGAUGACAAUGUGCUAAUGAAUCUCAAGAAACCUGCGUGGCUCAUUGCCUCUGCUAACCUAAUGGUGGUCAUCCAUGUCAUAGGCAGCUACCAGGUCUAUGCCAUGCCUGUAUUUGCCUUGCUGGAGAGGAUGAUGGUGAAAAAGAUGAACUUCCCACCAGGAAUUGCGCUCAGACUCAUCGCUAGAUCUUCUUAUGUAGCAUUUACAUUAUUCGUUGGAGUCACCUUCCCUUUCUUUGGGGAUCUUCUUGGUUUCUUUGGCGGAUUUGGAUUUGCUCCCACUUCAUAUUUUCUCCCCAGUAUUAUGUGGCUAGUGAUCAAGAAGCCAAAAAGAUUUAGUGCCAAAUGGAUCAUCAACUGGAGUUGCAUAUUCGUUGGAGUUUUUAUUAUGUUGGCAUCCACAAUUGGCGGCUUCCGGAAUAUUAUUGCUGAUGCAUCCACGUAUAGCUUCUACGCAUAAAUUAUGGUGAUUUUA